AUGACCAAGGACAUCAGCCUCAAGGCGGCAUGCGCCGACUCUUUCUACUAUCCGCAGGAAUGGAAACCGUCGAGAGGUUCUUUGGAUCACUUCCAGCGGAAGCGAGGCUUCGAGCAUCACUUCGGCAAGGAGCGAACGAAGAACCUCAGCAAAGGAGUGCUACUUAUUCGCUUCGAGAUGCCUUUUACAGUUCAAUGUUUGAGGUGUGGCCAGUACAUUGGCCAGGGCACGCGAUACAACGCGGACAAGAAGAAGGUCGGAAUGUAUUUCUCAACACCGCUUUACGAGUUCUCCAUGCAUUGCGGCAACAUCGUCAGCCCCGAACGGUCGGCAAAUGGGCGAGCACACUGCAACCAACGGCUAGUCAUCCGUACCGAUCCCAAGAACGACGAUUACGAGUUAGCAGAGGGGCUUCGUCGAAAAAUCGAAGCUUGGGAUAGCAAGGACUCCGAGACAUUGGAGCUAGUGGAUCCAGAAACUCGGAGACAAAUGGAAGCUGACCCUAUGUUCCGAGUGGAGAAGACGAUCCGAGACAUGCAGAAGGAGCGAAACGACAAGGCGCGCUUGUCGGACCUUCAGGACCUCCAAGACGACCGCGAGGAUUCGUACGGAUGGAACAGCGUUUUGCGGAAAGCACAUCGAAUUCGACGGAAGGAGGAACAAAGGCUAGAGGAGGUAGAGCGGCUCGCUGGCAAGCCGAACUUUGGAGUGCCACUGGCUCCUAGCUCCGAUGAUGACCGCCUUCAGGCGAAAGCCGUGGCGUACAGGACGGAUCACGACAAGAUCGAGGUCUCAGCCAGGAGAAGUUGCCUCAUGGCCAAACCCGUCUUAGAGCAGGGUUUCCACAAGAAAGCACUGCGUGUGGCCACGCUGGUGGGAAAAAGGAAGCGGUUGCAGCAAAGCUCCCGAAUGGCCGAGCGCCACCAAAAGCGGGCGCAGACGCCCUGA